AUGGAGUGGCGGACGCUGCGGCAUCUAGAAGUGGGCGCACACGCGCAAGCCGCUGCCUUCCAUCCAACACAACCCCUGGUGUCCGUUUCCGUUGGACGCUCGAUUAUAGAGUACGAUCUGCUGACGGGAUGCCAGCUGGCGAAGAUGGACAUUGGAGGGCCCGUGGUGCGCAUGGGGUACGCACCCGCUGCCGGCCACGUCAUCGUGGCGGUCAUGGAGGACCACACCAUCCGGUGCUGGGACCAUGACAGCGAGCUCACAGCCAUUCUCUUCACCCCUCCUGACCGCCGUGGCGACAAGCCCGCCGAAGUGCACCUGGCGAUAUGCGCCCAUCGCCCCUGGGCCUUCUUUGCCGCGCACAGACGCACCUCCUUACAUGUGGUGGGAGUGCUGGAGGGCAUUCGGCCAGCCACGAAGCUGAAGACGGAGUUCAAGAAGCCCAUCACUGCCCUCGCAUGCCAUCCGCGCCACCCUGUGCUCUUUGUGGCAUACGCAGAGGGCGUCAUCCGGGCCCACCAUGUCACCUCCUUCAACCUGCUCUACACCCUCUCCUUGGACGACCCGUCAGUGAAGCUGAUGGGGGCGGCAGCCAUGGUGUGCCAUCACCUGCUGGACCAUAUCUUUGUGGGCGAUCGCUCGGGCUCACUGCUCGCAUGGGACGUCUCUGUGCCUGCUCGCCCCAAUCUCAUCGGAUUUCUCCAGGUGGCGGUGGUGGCAGUGAUGGCGUGUGUGUGGCAUGCACCACUGGAGUUGUUGCUGGUGCUCACUCGUGAUGGCACCGUCAAGGCCUACUCCCCCCACAUCCACCACAACCCCGCUCUCUCCCUCGCCUCCAACUCACACUUCUUUCACGAAUACGAGGCGGUGGAGGUGGACGUGGAGCGGUUGCUGGUGCAGGCAGGCGGCCAGUCCGUGGUGCCUGUGCCUCGCAUCCGCACCCUGCACGUGCACCCCACGCUCAACUUCCUCCUCCUGCUCUUCCUCAGGGAGGGGGCAGCAGAGGACGUGGUGCGGAAGAGGGAGCAGAAUCGCAGCAAGGCCAGUCGCAGGGCGCUGCUGGACAUGCUGCAGUCCGCCAGGGGUGCUCCAGACCCGGCGAGCCAGCGUGAUAAGCUGUCAUCACUGGGGCCGUCAGCACUAAUGUCCGACCAGCAGCUUCAGGAGCAGCUGGUGCUGACACGCGGCCAAACCAAGCUCGCUCAGCCUACAUUGUUGGAUUUUGCACGCAAGGCUUACCUGUAUGGGCCCACGCAUGGGGGGUUACUGGACACGGCGGGGCAUCUCACCACGCUGCCGCUCAUCCAGGUGCUCGACCCACUCGAGCCCGCCAACGACCUGCCUGUCGCCCAUCCGUUCCAUGCGCCACUGCUGUUCUACAACAGCGAGCAGGCCAUCUUCCGCUUCCCCUCGCGCAUUGCCCUCAUGGACGGCUGCUCCAUCGUCUCCUUCAGCCUCGCCACUGGCGUGCUCUCCAGCCUCAAGAAACUGCCGCCUGUGGACGGCAAGGGGCAGCAGAGGAGGGCAACGCACAUGGUGUACAGCGAGAAGCAGCAGUGCAUGCUGGUGUUCUUUGAGGCGGCGCGCACGGCAGGCGGAGGGGGCGUGUCCAUGGUGCUGCAGCGCUACCUCGACGUCAUGGAGCCCCUGGGAGAGGGCCUCGACACGCUCACUGACAUCCAAGCUCGUGACGGGGCGUUCAUAGGGCACCACGACAAGAAGCUGGCGCUGCUGGGCGAGACAGGCUACGUGCUCACGCUGCUGCCGCUGCAGGACCCCAACAAGUCCCCCCAGGAGCUGGAGGAGGAGGAGGAGGAGAAGGACGAGCAGCAGCAGCGCAGCGGCAAGGAGAAGGGGGGAGACGAGUCAGAGACGACGUUCACGGGGUUUGGGAGCCGGUUUGACGAGGUGCAGGAGGAGGUGGAGCUGAAGCAGGCGGUUAAGGGGCAGGAGGGGCCUGUGGAAUUCACGUUUGAGACACCUGUGCACCGCGUCUUUCCCACGCCCAUGGAGGACUCGCUGCUGUACGUGGCAUUGGGCAGCCACCUGGGCAUGGUGAACGUGCUCGUGGAUGAGUACGGGCGGCCAGCAGGCGACCUGGUGGAGGCGGACGGACUCAUGUGGCUCUCCACUCGCAAGCAUGACAAGGCCCACCUCCCUCUCAAGCUCGGGGAAACCGUGCUGCAG